AGAUAUGCAUUGCUCAUGGCAGAUAGCUCGUCACAACUCCUCUAAUUUCCAUGGGAGGCAGUUGCAACUAGCUGAUCUCCCUUGGCCCGGAUGGCUAGAGCACGACGACGUCCUGAAGGCUCAUCCCGAACUUCUUUCCUCGUCGAGUAAUCACUCGGAGUCCAAGAAUGAUAAUUUCGUCGACGAUACUUUCGCUCUUCGUGCAUGGGAGUACCAAUGGACUCAUAUUCAGCCGUGGCUCGAGUCGAAAGGCUACAUGAUUCGCCCUCGGUUUCGUCCUGGGUGGAUUCCUUCCUGGACUUCGACGAGCAACACUCGUAAAGUCAGACGUCCAUAUGGUCGAUGCGAGGAUGCCGUUGUCCAUUCUGAGGCUUACGGAUGCAAAGUCAUGGACGCCAUGCGCAUAGCCGACGGACGCAGAGUCAUGUUGAAGAGGGUUCCGCUCCUAACCAAGUCGAAGGAGCUGGAAGUGAAUACUUUCCUCUCUUCGGACGACCUUUCACAUGAUCCGCGCAACCAUGCAUUGCCGUUGCUAGACACACUACGCACGACGGAUUCGUUGUUCAUGGUGUUUCCAUUAUAUUUGGAGUUGACUGCGCCAGAGUUUGACACAGUGGGCGAGGGGGUGGACUUCAUGGAACAGACAUUGGAGGGCUUGGCCUUUCUGCAUGAAGUCGGCGUUGCACACAGAGACUGCAGCAUGAGUAACAUCGUCAUGGAUCCCGGUAACAUGUACCCGCGCGGCUUCCACGCAGACGGCUACUGUGACGCCCAAGGCCGCCCAUUCAGCGGUACUCGAACUCGCACCCGGGUCGGGGGCGUCAGAUACUACUUCAUCGACUUUGGCGAGUCCAUCAAAUUCGACAGCAGCGGACCCAGAGAAGAUAAAACCAUCAGGGUCAUCUCGAAGGCUUGUAUACAUGCUCCGGAGACGUCGAUGAGACCUAUACAGCCUUACGAUGCAUUCAAGCCGGAUCUGUAUACACUGGGGAAGGUCUUUGAGAAGCACCUACUCGAGGUUGGUCCUGCCGGCGACUUCGAAGCAUUCAAACCACUCAUCCGCAGAAUGAGCCACACGAACCCCAAAAAACGCCCUUCCGCCGCUCAGGCUUUGGAGCGUAUACGGCAGAUAAAGGGGCAGAUUUCGUCAACAGCGUUGCACGGACGACUACACCCGAGAAACAAUCCAGAGGGCGUAGUGACGGCCGCUUUCAGAGACAAGUGGCAUUUGACGAAACAGGUCACGUAUGCGUUACGAACGCGCAAGUGGUGA